CACCCACUCUGCUCUUUAAACACCAUUUCAACCGGUCCAUGGCGCGGGCCACGAUCAAAUGGCUCUGACAUCAUGGAAAGCGUUCAACUUCUUCGACGUCUCGUCGGUCAAGUUGUCGGAGAGCGCCUCCGUCUUUGGGCCUAAUCUCUCAACCCUCUGCACCGGCUCCGCGAACCUCUUCCUCGGAUCCACCGACGGCGUCAUCCACAUCGUCUCCUCCUCAUUCAAGAUCGUCCGAUCAUUCAAAGCACACGAUGCCGGCUCGAUUACGCAUAUGAAACAAAUAGAUGGAACGUCGCUGUUGGUUACUAUUGCAGAGGAUCUCCUGAAUGAGCCGGUACUGAAGGUCUGGGGUCUCGAUAAGCCCGAGAAGAAGACCGGGGCCCCGCAGUGCUUGUCGACGGUCUCGGUGCAGAAUGCCAAGAGACAGUUUCCGAUAUCUGCCUUCACGGCGCUUAGCGAUCUAUCCCAGGUUGCGGUGGGGUUUGCCAACGGAUCCGUGACGAUUAUUCGCGGUGAUUUGAUUCACGAUCGCGGUGCACGACAACGUAUUGUGUUUGAAUCGGAGGAACCGAUUACCGGACUCGCGACGCAGGACGGACUAACGACGACAGCGCUCUACAUCUCAACGACGAACCGGAUAUUGACGUUGAUCAUCUCUGGGAGAGGGCAGGGCCAGCCAGCUCGGGUCCUGGAAGAUACUGGUUGUGGUCUCGGAUGUAUGGCAAUGGACAAGGAUUCUAGUGAUAUAUUGAUUGCCAGGGAAGAUGCCGUAUACACAUAUGGUUCGCGUGGGCGUGGAUCAAGCUACGCAUUCGAGAGUCCGAAGAACUCGAUCAACAUCUUCAAAGAUUACAUCGCUCUCGUUUGUCCCCCGAGAGCUGGGUCCACAAAGCCAGACUCGCUGGAUAUGGGCAUGAGCCAGACGGACGAGCUCUUCAGUACGACUACUUUCACUUUGCUCGAUACGGACCUGAAAUUCAUCUCCCAUUCUGAGUCACUCUCGUCCUCUGUGAAGCACAUCUUCACCGAGUGGGGUAGUCUAUUCCUUUUGACUACAGAUGGGAAGGUCUACCGUUAUCGGGAAAAGAGUCUCCAGCAGAAACUCGAGAUCCUCUAUCAACGCAACCUUUAUAUCUUGGCUAUCAACCUGGCGCAGAAGACGGACGUCGACUCUAUGCAGCAAAAUGCCAUCUACCGCAGAUACGGUGACUUCCUGUAUCAGAAGGGAGACUACGACACGGCAAUGCAGCAAUAUCUUCGAGCGAUCGACAACACUGAACCAUCACAAGUUAUACGGAAGUAUCUUGACACACAACGUAUUCACAAUCUCAUCGAAUACCUAGAGGAAUUGCACGAUCACGAGAAGGCUACAGUGGACCACACCACAUUACUCCUCAACUGCUACGCGAAGUUAAAGGACACAGAAAAGUUGGACUCGUUCAUCAAGGCUCCUGGAGAGUUGAAGUUUGACUUGGAAACCGCCAUUGCUAUGUGCCGCCAAGGCGGCUACUACGAGCAAGCUGCGUACCUGGCCACUAAAUACGGUGAAAAUGACAUGGUUGUCGAUAUAUUGAUCGAGGAUUCGAAGAAGUACGCUGAGGCUGUGGAGUAUAUCUGGCGACUUGAGCCUCAGAUGGCUUACCACAACCUCAUGAAAUACGCCCGUGUCCUACUGGCCAAUUGCCCCCAACAAACCACUGAGCUCUUCAUAGUCUACUACACCGGAAAGUACCAGCCAAGAACGCAGGUCGAGCCACCUGCCGAGCCCCAAGUACAACCUACCAGUACAUUGCAGAGCCUGGCAGGUUUCCUUCCGCUGGGCCUUAUAAACGUCAGCACAAGUACAACGGAGCAAGUGUCCGAGGCCCCGUCCGUGGCAGAGAAUCAAAUUACCGAAUCGACUCCGGACUAUGUCAUUCCCAAACCCAGGGCAGCAUUCUCUGCAUUCGUGGAUCAUCCACAGGAAUUCAUUACCUUCCUGGAGGAUCUUACGAGCCAACCAAACCUGAAAGAAGAAGAUAAGAUGGACCUAUUUACAACCCUGUUCGAGAUGUAUCUGGACACAGCCAAGCGGCAGAAAGAUACUACUGAGAAGGCGGAGUGGGAGAACAAGGCGAAGAAGCUUAUCGAGGGCAAGGAUAUCCCCAUCUCGACAUCGAACGUCUUGCUGCUGUCCGACCUAUCCGGUUUCCGAGAGGGCUCGACCUUGGUCCGCGAACAAGAAGGUCUUCGGUCUGAUAUCUUUCGUUCGUUUACCGCUGCGAAGGAUACGCAGGGUGCAAUCAAGGCUCUGAAGAAGUACGGCCCCGAGGAACCACGAUUAUACGUGGAUGCCUUGACGUACUUUGCCUCGAGCCCAAAGAUCCUAGAAGAAGCUGGCGAUGAGCUCGAUGCCGUUCUCAAGAAGAUCGAUGACGAGGGCCUCAUGUCGCCACUACAGGUCAUCCAGGCACUAAGCAACAAUGCAGUUGUCACGAUGGGCCGUCUCAAGAAAUAUCUAAGUGACAAUAUUGAGCGAGAACGGAAGGAGAUUUCUUCGAACCGCCGCCUGAUAUCAAGCUACAGCACCGAAACCGAAACCAAAAAACAAGAAAUCGAACAGCUAGGCACCAAACCCGUUGUCUUCCAAGCACGCCGAUGCAUGUCCUGCGGUGGAGGCCUCGAUCUCCCGACAAUCCACUUCCUCUGCAAACACUCCUUCCACCAACGCUGUCUAAACAAGGUCGACGAAGACGCUGAAUGUCCCGUCUGCGCGCCACAGAAUUCCACCAUCAAGGCUAUUCGUAAGCGACAGGUGGAAUCGGCUGAUCAGCAUGAUCUGUUCAAGGGCGAGCUUCAGCGGUCGAAGGACCGGUUCGGGGUUGUUAGUGAGUUCUUUGGGAGGGGGGUUAUGCGGCCGCAGAGUACUAUGGAGUGAUGUGAUGAGUGAUGAUUUGUGUUUCUUUUUGGUGCGCAAUUGAUACCUUUCUGUACUUAGAUAUUUAUGGAUAUACGAGGUGAGGGUAGGUGUUGAACCAAGGAUAGUUGGUCUCAGCCAAAACACCUCAUAGCUUAUAUACACAACGCACAAUGUAUUCCCUCCAAUCAAAUUGCUC